AAUACAGAGCCUGAGCGCGCGCGCGUGUGACACAUAAAACACGGAGCAGCAAAACAAUCUACACGAUGAGGUUAUGAUGAAUGUAUUUGAAUGACAGAAGCCAAAUCUUCACGAGAACAGUCGUUAAAUAUCAGCGGAGUGCUCUGAAUGUAUAGUAUUAAAGUAAAGCUGCUUUCAAAUACUUUAGUGAGUCCGGAUCCGGUGUCGACUCCAGUCCGCCGUUAACUGUCGUUGCUGUGGCGGAAAUGUAAACAGCUCGUGAAACAGAAGCCCACAGAGAUAGAGUUUGCUGUUAUAUAUAAUACCGAGUGUGUUACACUUGUCGUUUAAUCAAAGCUAUUGUUUAAAUGCUCUUUCAACGACUGUUCUAUAAAGCCUUAUUUAGUUUUAAUGACGUUAUUGUGCCAUCUGUGUAGUCCACGACAGUGUUUGUUAUUCAAACGAAGCGACUUUUAGAAGAAACACUGACAUUAAUACACGUGUAAUGGAGAGUUAUGAAGAUUUCAUUCAGAGACACCGCGAGAGUCCAGCUGAUGAUGAUGAAGAUGAAGAGUCUGUCAGGAAACCUUCAUCUGUCAUCGUGUUUCAUAGAGUCUGUGUCCUGCCUCCUGUGCUGAGUGAGCAGCAGAGAGACGAGAUGAGACUUCUGAGAGAAACAGUGUUGAAUGUGAUGAAGAGCAGGAGACAUAAGACAUCUGACCGCGAGUGUAAAGGAGAAACACUGACUGCAGAUGUUAAGACGUCCAUCACCUGCACUGAACAGCAGACGAGUGAUGACGUCACACAGAGUCAAGAGAUCUUCACCUGUCCUCCUCUGACAUCAACCGCUCAUGACGCCCAGCCAGCCAAUCAGCAGAGAGCUUUUCCCGUGGAUGAGUCUCUGGAGGAAACCCAGUUCACAGUUGUGUUUGAGGGAGCUGGCACAGCUCGUCAUCACUCCAAUAAACAUCCUCUCAGUGACAUCAGCCACCAGAUGAUGAUGUCAUCAGGGUAUGUGACCAAUGAAAACACACACGUCACCUGUGAAGACUCCAGCUGGGUGGAGAACAACGGAUCCUCUGCAGGCUUUUGUUUAAAUACCACUUGGUCGCCCGGUACAGGAAGUGACAUCAUCAGCCAUGCUCCAGUGGACGGCUCAGCGUUAGAGGAGGAGACGGCAGUCUCAGAGCCGUACCGCAUGAGUCUUCAGAACCUUUUGAAGAAAUCUCAGGAUUACCGGCGACACCAGCGGCUCCUGCGCAGUCAAACGCCAAUUCUCGAGUCCACCGACGAACACGGCCUGUCCGACAAAGAAAACCAGGAAUUCCUUCCCAAUCAGAUGUGGAGGGCGGAGCUCAGCAACGCAAGAGAGAGGAGAAAAGUGAAACUGCAGCAGCCGGAUGCAGACACGGAGAGGUCAGAUGGCCGUCCUGAAGAACAUCACCACUCUCUUACAGAGUCCACUUCUGCCAAAUCUCGGUACCUCUCCAAACAGAAACCUGUGGCUGUGUGCAGAUCUUCUUCAGCAGCUGGCAGGAAGUUCUCCAGCGUCCCGGCACCCAAGUUCUGUUUGAGCCCUGUACGCAGCAAAAAGGCCUGUGGCGGUGUUCCUGUAAAGAAAACAACUGUCUGUGCGGAGCGUGAGGAGGAAUCACAGUCCAACCGUACAGAUGACAGAGAGACGCUUGUGGACGGCAGCUCACAGCAAACACAACAAAUCGCCCAGUUAGAGUUCAACUUAUCCAGUCUGAAAGCACUGAUCUCAGAUCUGGAGUCAACGCUCACGGUGUCACACAGCAGCUGCACGCUCGUCACACAUCCCUCACACAAGUUUUCAGAGCCCCCCAUGCAGCCCUCCCGCAUCCUCAUCGACUCAUCCAAUCACAAACAAACCCAUGACUCUGAAGAGAAGAAACACUCUUCUCUGAUUGGCUCGUCUUUCUGUCAGUCGUAUGAUGUAGAUGCCCCCUCCGGCCUCUGGACACAGUUGACCCCUGAGACGGGCGCUCAUGAGGGGGUGUCUCGAGCCAAACGCAGACUCCUCAUGAACGCCAUGAGCCCUGAACCACACACAGUGCUGCAGACGUCUGCGCAGGCGCAGUCGGAGGAUCAGGUGAGAGUUCUGUUGGAGGACGAGCGCAGACGACAGCAGGAUUUACUGCAGUCUUUGGCUGUGCGAUACCAGUUUCUGAGGAGUGUGUCCUUCCCUCGUCCCAGCAUGGGCGCACGUCUGGAGGACACCUCGACCUCGUCUGUGUUCACAAGCCCCUCCCACACACACGACACAUCACGUCAGUCCUGUCUGUCUCUCCCUGCGUCCUGUCGCCCUCUGGUGGCGGCUGCAGUGAAAGGCUUCCUGACCCGAAGACUCCUGCAUACAGAACGUGUGUCACAGCUGGUCAGAACCGUUCAGGACACGCAGCAGUUCCUGCAUCAGACCACCAUCAGAGGAGAUUUCAGCAGCCGACAGGAUCUCAUGCUUCAGGAGCGAGUCUCUCUGCAGCUACGUGCCACGCGAUACGAGUUUCACAACAUCAUGUUCAAGAGCAGCGUCUGUGAGCGCAUGAAGAUGAUUCAUCAGGACAGACAGGUGACCAGAGAGAGACGCUUCAGAGAACACGGGAAUAAAGUGAAGGGUUCACUGUCUGCUGCUACCAGAAAAGCUUUAGAACGCAAAAAACUUGCCAUGUUACAGAGGAAAUCUACAGUCAGGUCAAAGUUUUCACCGUCUGGAGACGAGUCAUGGACUCUUGUGCCAAAGAUUUGUCGUGUUUCAAAGAAAACAAGUCCCCGGUGAACACCACCCAUCACAUCCAGCUGUGUGCCUUCAUGAAGUUCUCCUUUGUGCUUUUAUUGUGUUUGUUCAAUGUUUUGCCAGCUUUUAUUUAUUAUGAGGUCUCUUUUCAGACCCUUCAGUCUAACAAUAUGAAUUCAGUUCCUGGUUUUCUGUCUGUACAAACCUUAAUAAAUGAUUCCAAUAAUCAUUCAAA